AUGAAACCUCUAACCUGGAUCCGCGCCGUUGUCCUCUGGCUCCUAGAGUUCCUUGAUGAAGGCGGUUUCCGAUAUCCGUUUCCCCCUUUUCUUCCAAAUGUUACUCGACACCCUUUUCUUAUCCCUGGUCCCCCGGACUCAUCCAACAGUGACGCUGUUGUCCUGCACCAAUUCCCUGGACCCUUGGAAGUUCCCCAGGAAUCAGAAGCCACUACUGGAUCCUACCACGUUGCUCCUACACAGGUUGUUAAGGGACCUAACGACUGA